UAUAAACGGGCGCGCGAGUUUUCAAAUUAGUCAGACAAACCUACAGCCAUGUUUCCUCUGCCGAUGUUCACACCUGAGCAGGUGGCCCGAGUGUGCGAGAAUCUCGAGGAAACAGGAGAUAUCGAGCGCCUGGGCCGGUUUCUCUGGUCUCUGCCCGCCGCCGUGCCCGGUUCCGCCGGAGAGUUGCUCAACCGUCAUGAGUCGGUGAUGCGCGCGCGGGCUCUCGUCGCGUUCCAUGGCGGGAAUUUCGAGGCGCUCUAUCAGAUUCUGCAGAGUCACCGGUUUACCCGCGAAUCUCACGCUAAACUGCAGGACCUGUGGCUGGACGCGCAUUACCGGGAGGCGGAGCGCCUGAGGGGCAGACCACUCGGCCCGGUAGAGAAGUACCGCAUCCGUAAGAAGUUCCCCCUGCCGAGGACAAUCUGGGAUGGAGAGCAGAAGACACACUGCUUUAAGGAGAGAACCCGCAGUCUGCUGAGGGAAUGGUACCUGCAGGACCCUUAUCCAAACCCGUCCAGAAAGCGUCAUUUGGCUCAGGCCACUGGUCUCACUCCCACACAGGUGGGCAACUGGUUCAAGAACAGGAGACAGCGGGACAGAGCAGCUUCUGCCAAAAACAGACUACAGCAGGAUUCCUCUCUCCUGCCGUCUGGAAGUUCUCCUGAAUGUUCAUCAUCGGAGCACAACCCACUCCUGCGAGGCUCAUCCCCCCGCCACCCUGACAGCCCGGGGAACAGCGACUGCAGCUCAGGCCCUCGGGGGACCGGAGCUUCCACGCCGGACAUCUCGGUCAGCAGCGACAGCGAGUUUGAGUCGUGAACACAGGCGCACAGACGCUUACUGAUGAUGCACUUACAGCACAGACUGAGAAAUCAGCUGGCGGACUGCUGGAAAAACUCAUUCAGGAGAGGAGUUUUCAUUGCAAGACUGAAACGUGCACUUGAAAGUGACCAGACUGGACCUCACGUGCCAAAGAAAUCUCCUCAGAUUCACUAGCUAUGUUUCCAUCAGCGUAAAAUACUUCUCUAUUUGUAUUAUAAAAGGUUAUAUUUCGGUUUAGGGAGUCUCCAACAACAGUCUGAUUUGCAUGCAAGGUCAAAAAACACGUUAAUUCUCAUAUAAUAUGCAUUUAUUUUUAACUAAUUAGCCCAGCGACUCCCAUAUGAAUCGUUCAGCAAUUCAUUAGCUCCCAAACCCCUCCUUAGUACGAUGCUGAUCUGCGGUGAUUAGGCCAAUGACCCUAUUGGGUCUAUUGCGAUUGGUUGACUUGGUUCAGUGCGAGACAGAGAGAAACAUCCAUCUAUGGCGUAGCACUCAGAGUAUGUGUGAGCCCAAUGCAGGAAUGCAAUAAAGCAAUGCAGUCAAACAGCAGCAUAUACUCUACUCUUAACCCUGACCCCAAGUCAGACACAACACAGAUUCAGUAUUAAUCCUCAUAGUGGCAAAAGUUGAACUGUUUUGAAAACCUCACCGCAUGUGUAGGAACAGCUGACGGUGGCCAUAGUAAAGACAACCAGCAGAAGAUCACAAGUUCAGGAAAAAAGCAUGCGUUGUGCUUUCAACGUGGAUUUGGACGCAAUAUGUGAACAGCCCCAUAAAGAUUUUACUUGAGAGAUACAGUACAUGCACUGCUCUGUAAUGCUGCGUUCAUACCAGACAUGGAAGAAGCGUCAAGCGUGAGUGAUUUACAUGUUAAGUUAAUGCAAAGGCGCGAAUAGAGACAGUGUCCCAGGGGAAAUCCUCUAGCCGACACCAGCCAACAGUUGAUCGAACUGGGCUCUGCUCAGUCAAAAGCACUGCUGAAAGCUUCCAUCAUCCAGGUUAAGUUUCUGAAGAAGUUUGUAAGCUCAUAGAGCUGGGUGCACCUCUGAAAGGAUCUAGUGAACUCGGACACGGUUCCAAACAAAUCAACAAUGUUUUUCAGUCCUCAUAAAGCACAUAAACACUGUUAUUUUCUCAAUAAAAUCCAUGUUUGCCAUUUAGCAACAAUGCUAGUGUCACUCGAGAGAGUGCCCAGGUCCGCAUCUAUUGUUCAGUGAAUUUGAUAUGAAGCAGAUUCGAUGCGCAAAUGAAGCGAGCAAACUCAAAAUGUUCGUGCAUCUAUUUUCCAUAUGAAGUGCAACAGUUACUGUUGCUGAUCUUUCCUUUAAUAGCAAACGGCAGGCGAAUCCCACGUUGCAGCGUAGGUUAUUGUAUCAGUCAUCAGAAAAAUGACAGGAGCAAACACAGCACAUGGUUGGCUAUACUGUUGUACUGUAGUGAAAACGGAUUUUAACCCUUCCCUGCAACCGAAUCUCCAUCUGUCAGUGAUCGUCAUCUUCUUGUCAUGAUCAGUCGCGUGAUACUUAUCGCUCCGUUAGUGUCAGAAGGGAAAGGCGCGUUCACGUUUUACUGGAACCUGUACUACAUAUUUGGUGAUGUACCGUAUCAACGACGACGCAUUCAAGCAAAACAUCCAAACCCAACUCGAUUCAUUCAUUCGACUAUUUCGUUAAAAAAAUCUGUAGUUUUACUUAGAGCUGUGUUACACACUGCACAGAAGUUCAUUAUCAAAAACCCAUAAUAGGGGCUCUUUAAUGGAAACGCCAAGAUGCGCAUCAAUUUUGUAAAAACUUGAGUAGGAUCAACUUUAUAUCCAAUAGGAUAAAAUGUGCAUAACCUUUGAUGGAAAGAUGUAAAUUCCAGCAUGGUCUUCCUGAAAUCCCUCAGCCAAAGUCCAUCAUCACAGUGGUUCAGUAUUAUUAUUAUUAUUUUGUUAUUAUUCCCUCCAGAACUGUCUUGAGCAUCUGUCUGUGCUCCCAAAGAGCAUCUCAAGCCUCCAAAAGCCACAUCAUUGCAUUCAUCAUGCCUUCAUCUUCAUCUUCUGAGGCUCCACUCAUUUAUUAGAGAAGAAAAAAGCCCACGGUUGGCUUCUCCUAAUGCACAAAGCUACAUUAUUCUGUCUGAUAUUUGUUACCAGUUUAUCAGGAAGUGACGAUUUUGUUGUCUUUGACUCAUUAGAAGAAACGCUGUUUUAUUCGCAAAUGUUUUAUGCGAUAUUACAGUUUUGCGUAUAAAUCUUAUUCACCUCUUAGGAUGGAAACAUAGCUACUGGCUGUUUUUAUCACAUUAAUACUCAGGUGGCACAAGCAUAUCAUAAUCCAGGACGCAUUAUGCAAAUUUUGUAUGCAAGGCCAUUUGUAGCACUAUGCACAUCUGCCAGAAGCAGAGGAACGCUCCGGUUUGCAUGCUUAAAAAGGGACGUGUUGGAAACAGAGGCUAGAUGUAACUUGCUGCUGUUGGUUUUCAUGAGAAUAGAGCGUAGAUCAAGCGAUUAAGUCUGUUAUUUGUUUAUUUUUAUUUGUCGUUUGUGUUGAUAUGUUUCCGCCUCCCACUGGAAUACACAGAUGUGGUCUGGAUGAACAUAAAUUAAAGGGGCAGUUCACCCAAAAAUGAAAAUUGUUGAAAACCCUGUUUGGCUUUCUUAAGGAUGAUAUACUGAAGAAAGGUUGAAAGAAACAAAAACAAAAGUCAUUGACUUUCAUAGUAUUUUUUUGUUCCUACUAUGGAUGUCAAUUGUUGCUUUUUCAUUCUUCAGAAUAUUUAGUUUUGUGCUCAAAAGAAAAAAGAAAAGUUUAGAGCCACUUGAAUGUGAAUGAGGAAAUUUCCAUUUUUUCUCUUUAAAUGACAUGUUAUGGGAUAUUAAUGCUGCUUAUCUGGAAAAAUACCAUAAUUUCUGCGCCACCACACACUGUUAUCGAACAGGUUUCCUCAACACACUAAUGUUUUCCAAAAGAGACACAUCUUUCUGUAUAUUUCAGCUACUCCAGUCUGAAGUCAUUUUUAUGUGCCUACACUUUGAGGACGACAUGGAAACGUCUAGAAUUUGUCAUUUUCACACCCAUAUUGCUCACCAUUGUCACAUGAAGAACUGUACUGUCUUGUUUUCAAUGUGAUUUUCAAAUAAAUGAAAUUAUUUUUGAAGCAAA